AUGCCUGCGCCCUCAUUCACCCGCAUUUUAACCGUGAACGGCACUUCGAUCCUGUACCGGGCUGUCCAAUUCGUCCCAAGUCGUUUCAGCGACGGCCGGGACCAAGCUCAAGUGUCCUUGUCCCGUCUAUCGCUGCACCAACAAGGGACGGCCCCAGACCCAGAAGCACCGCUCAAGAUUCAGUACCAUAGCGGCGGGCUCACCCACCGAGCCUUUGGUAUGCCAAGCCUGACAUAG